AUGGCGGAGGCGGGGAAUAUGGCUGCAAGCCUCGGACUUCUUGGGCAAGUGUCACAGUGGCCUCUGAAGCGGUAUGGCCGGUAUGGUCACUACACACAUUCGGAGACCAACGAGUUGUCUGAGCUUUGUCCCAAAGCGGCCACAGAGGAGUCCCUCAAGUGGAAGGUUUUUGAGUCCAAUGAAGAAUCUGGGCACCUUUUUCUAUCCAUAGUUAUAUCUGGUCACUUCUUUAUUUCCCAAGGACAGACACUGCUGGAAGGAUUUUCACUCAUUGGCAGCAAGAACUGGUUGAAGAUUGUGAGACGAAAGGACUGUCUCCUGUUUGGAAUAAUAAAGAACAAGAGCCACAUGUUCCGAGUACAGUUUGGUGGAGAGUCCCAGGAGGCGGCCCUGGAACACUGCUGCUGCUGUGUGCAGAGCCUGGCCCAGUACGUCACAAUUCUCAAGUCUGACGGCGUCGUCCAGGAGUCCGAGCCAAAUCCUGGCCUCCAGAGGGCAGGCGAAGACCAAGGGCAGGACUGCGCUGAGCGCGCAGAGCCUCACCUGAACCUGGAACAGCAGAGGUGUGUGGCAGCCGGCACAGGCGCUCUGGAGAGAAGGACUUCAGUGGUGCAGUUAGCUCAGACUGUCCUGGUGGCGGAGCAGCUGCCCCUGGUCUAUGAGCAAUCUUCAUGGAGUACAGAAGAGCUAGGUCCUUUUCUACGCUUGUGCCUUAUGGAUCAAAAUUUCCCAGCAUUUGUGGAAGAGGUUGAAAAGGAACUUAAAAAGCUGACAGUAUUAGGAAAUUAA